CUUCGGGAUAAUCUUUACAAAAUGGCGACUAUUGUUGUCCUACUGCAGGGUUAGUGAAUAAAUUCGCUUUUCAGUUCGACAACUUUCUGCAUCAUUUCGCAGAAACAGCACUAAGAAUAGGCGCCCCAAAGGUCGGCUCUGCGUGGACUGAAAUGAAAGGUAAAGAACGGUCGCCGAUUAAAAAACGCUCUCGGGCCUUGGACGAUAUUCGAGACCGGGGAGGAUGCCAUCCAACCAGCAAGAAAAUGGGUGCUCUCUCCGCUUCCAGUGGGAGUAAUAAUGGAAAUAGUUCGACAAAAGGCGACGGUGGCUCAACAAGAAGGAAUCUACUCGGUGAUAAAAGAGACAGAGACUUCGACGGCCAUAGUCGAGCUGGAAAUAAUCACAGUUGUCAGUCUGCUGCCGCUAGCACCGUCGGCAAAAACCACAACCUGAGCCUGACGCUGGAUUUAGCUUCACCAAGGACCACGUCGCGGGCCGAGCAGCGGGUUCAACUACCAAACACCGAGAGUGAGUACAAAACUCUCAAAAUAAGUGACCUCGGCACCCAGUUGAGUGAUGAAGAUAUAGAGGAUGGACUGUUCCAUGAAUUUAAAAAAUUCGGAGAUGUGAGCGUUAAGAUAAGCCGUAGCAAUGACGAGCGCAUAGCGUUUGUGAAUUUCAGGAAGCCAGAGGACGCUAGAGCUGCUAAGCACGCCAGGGGACGGCUAGUGCUGUACGACCGGCCGCUGAAAAUAGAGGCUGUGUAUAUCAACAGGAGGAGAAGCCGCUCACCCGUGGAGAGAGACUUGUAUGGUGGUGCAGCUCAAAGCCAUAGACAUUUUCAAAGACCCCUUUCGCCCACUGGGCUUGGAUACAGAGACUAUCGGCUUCAGCAGUUGGCCUUGGGACGGCUUCCUCCUCCUCCACCGCCUCCUUUGCCUAGAGACCUGGAGCGGGACAGGGAGUUUGCCCUGUUUGAAGCCAGGACACGUCCGGCUUUCAUUGCAGAGCGAGCAGCUUUUCGAGAGGAGGAUUUUAUAUCUCCAGAGGACGACCAAAGAGCCAAUAGGACAUUGUUUUUAGGCAACCUGGACAUAACUGUUACAGAUGCAGACUUGAGGAGAGCUUUUGACAGGUUUGGGGUCAUAACUGAAGUGGACAUUAAAAGACCCACAAGGGGACAAACCAGCACAUAUGGAUUUCUAAAAUUUGAAAAUUUGGACAUGGCUCAUCGUGCUAAGCUUAGUAUGUCUGGCAAAAUAGUGGGCCGUAACCCUAUAAAGAUAGGUUAUGGGAAGGCAACUCCCACCACACGCCUGUGGGUGGGUGGACUUGGACCCUGGGUUCCUUUAGGUGCCCUGGCAAGAGAGUUUGACCGCUUUGGCACUAUAAGGACCAUUGACUAUAGAAAGGGGGACACUUGGGCUUACAUUCAGUAUGAAAGUUUGGACGCUGCACAAGCGGCAUGCACACAUAUGAGGGGCUUCCCCCUGGGAGGUCCAGAGAGGAGACUUAGAGUGGACUUUGCUGACACUGAGCAUCGUUACCAGCAGCAGUUUUUGCAGCCACUCCCUAUUCCUCCCUUUGACAUGGUGGCAGAGUCAUUUGUCCACCGUGCCACACCUGAACCAUUGAGGGUCAGGGAACGGACUCCACCGCCGCUUCACUUCAGGGAGAGAGAGCUCUUUCCUGGAGCUGAGUGGCCCAGCCCAGCUAUUCGUGAACGGGUGCGUGCCUCACCCUUUGAGCCUCUGGAGCACUUGGAACGUGAGCGGCGGGCACGGGAGCCCUGGUCUUUGGAAAGAGAGCUACAGGGACGAGAACCUGUACGUAAGCGGCGUGUAAUGGAGGACGGUCGUCAUAUAGACCACUCCCCUGACAGCACUGAGAGGACAGUAAGGCGUAGACGUGCUUCUCCAGAUGGCAGUCCUGGAGGUAGCAGUAGAGAUGGAGGUCGUUUCAGUGACUCAGAGCGCCCUAUGCGGGGUGAGAGAGCCUCCCCAACACGAGAACAUCACAGCAACCUGGAACGGGGUGGGGCUGAACGGAGACUCAAAAGCCAGGGUCUCUCUGAGAAGGGCCCUUCAAGCAGCAGUGUGUCAGCAGUUGCUGAGCGUAAGCGCAAAGCAGGUGACGGUGGAAAAGGGCCAGCUAAGAGAGAACGUUCAGAGAGCAGUUCCAAGGGAGGACAGCUAUCCAAGCCAGAUGGCACCAAACUCAGUUUGGCCUGGCAUGGCAUGCUACUGCUGAAGAACAGCAACUUCCCAGCCAACAUGCACCUGCUGGAAGGCAACCACAACGUAGCCAGUGACCUACUUGUUGACGGCACAACAGGUAGGCAGGUCAGCGAGCUUAAGAUCACCCAGCGUCUCCGUCUGGACCAGCCCAAGCUUGACGAGGUGUCCCGGCGCAUCAAGGUGGCAGGUCCUGGAGGAUACGCCAUUCUGCUGGCAGUUCCAGGGACCACAGAGGAUACAUCGUCAUCUGACUCAGCAGCCUCAACUCAGCGGCCACUUCGUAACCUGGUGUCCUACCUCAACCAAAAACAAGCAGCUGGAGUCAUCAGCCUGCCUGUGGGGGGGAGCAGAGAUAAAGACAACACAGGGGUUCUUCAUGCUUUCCCUCCCUGUGAUUUCUCCCAGCAGUUCCUGGAUUCCUCUGCCAAAGCUCUGGCUAAAAGUGAAGAGGACUAUCUAGUCAUGAUUGUGGUUCGUGGAGCAUCUUAAAAAAAUCUUAACACACUAAUUUCAAGUCAUGUUAAAAAAAAAAACAUCUGCUGUGUGUCAGUAACUAUUGCAUGCUGUGUGUUCUGCAUUAUGGGGUACACUAGUAUGGUUCAUGAUGUUUGUGUGUUGCCUUGUAAUCCACUAAAAGGACAAACUGUGCCCUUGUACAAAACUAAAAGGGUGUAUGUUUUUGAAAAUUCUUUUUUUCAAGGGUGUAUGAAUAGCUCACAAAGUCAGAAACCUGCAACAGCAUCUGAGGAAUAAAUUUCAAUUUUACUUAAGGAGUAAUAUGUCAUAAAGAAAACAUUUGGUUCAGUUGCAGGUUAAAAAUCUUAGAUGUCCAGAUGUAGUACAAGAAACGACCGAAGUGGACACAAUAAUAGCUCCAUUACAAUAAAACCCCAAAGAAUAGCCUUUCAAACUAGUAUGGCCUUGAAUCCAUAUCUCCUUGAUGCAGUGUUAACAAAAUCUGAAAAUGACCAGCCUAACAGAUAUUUGUCCCUGGGCUAAUCUAUUGUAUGUCCAUGGAUUGUACAGGUGGUGUUGUUGUGUCUACCUCCUGCAUGAAGGAAUCAUUUUCAGAGGUUUGCAUUACAGUGCAGUAGUAUUUCUACUAUAAUCAUUUUAUUUUAUGGAUUCAUACACAGGUGAGAGUGCUGUUUCCAAUUCAUUAAAGGUGUAGUGAGUGAUUUAGUGCUCCAUUAACAAAGCUAAUCUUGUUGGAGAAAAAGUCUUGUUAAUAUUUGGAGAUCAAAACAUGUUGACAGCCCUUUUUUGGCCCACUGUGCUGCAUUUACCAAAUGUUUACCUACUGUCUGCCUUCUUCAGGUAAGCAGCCGGUGAAUGGAGCGUGGUGUGCUGAAGAAGAACUCAGCAGUGUGUUUGGUUUAUUUUUUUUUAUUUUUUAUUUUUUUCUUGAUUCGCAUUGAAGCUUACACUAGCCUGCCUGUUCCCAAAGUUGAUAAAUAUUUUGAUGGUCCCCAGGUAAAAGGUCUUCUACAUUUCAGUUGCUUGUGUUGCCAGGUGUAUUUAAAAAAUGUUCAGGUUCAUGGUUUGGAUUUGAGUGUAGUGUUAGUGUGUUCCUUAGUAUCGGAACACCAAAUUGCAAGAUUGACAAUGAACUCAGUGUGUGUGCAAUCCGCUGGUUAACCUAAAGUGUCAUGUCAGCUCUUUGUGGAGUGCUGAAUACUAACAGAUGUAAGAUUUUUGCCCAGGGGAGCAACCCAUAACACAAUACACAUAGUAUAGUGAAGCAGAUACUAACAAGUUUUCAUAUUUUUUACUUAUUUUAUUUUGUGCAUCCCAACCCUAGAAAUGGUUGUGUAAUGUGAUCUAUGAAAGACUACAAUAGUGCUGGAUAAAAAAAAAAAAAACUACUUAGACUUAAUGUGUUGAUAUUGGACAGUCUGUUUCAUUUAUUCCUCUGUAACCAAUAGGUCUUCCAAGAAUGAUAAUAUUCAGUAUCAGUAAAUUGUUGGUACAAAGUAACAAAAACCUGAUAUUUGUCUAGUUAAGUGGGUCUGUGUAAUUUUAUAUAAGGCAAGUUUUACCAUUACCUUAACAGUUAAUGUUAAUUUAAAUUUUAGAGGUCUAAAAUUGACUGUUUUACUCAUGCCUGCCAAUAUGUUCCCAAGGCCUACUUAUAUUUUGUUUUGCCACUGUAUGAUUGUACAGCAAUAGCCAUCCACCCAAAUUAUGACUUACUGAGUUUAGUUCAGAAUGUAUUGAAAACAUUCAUAUGUGGGAAAAUUGUAAUGUGUGUCACCACCGCUGCGACGCUGGACUCCUGAGGAGACGAACGCAGAGCUGAAGCUCUCUGCAGAGAAGGCAACCUAGUGUUUGUGAUGAGGCUUUUAAAUUGUGUAGCCCAUCUGCUCCUGUGAUGACUUCUGUUUUAAAUGGAAAAUUGAGCAAUGUACACUUUGAUGUCAUGGGAAAGGAAAGUCCAUAAAGCCCACCCGAAGCUGUUCACAUACCUGAAAAGUGCUUUUGGGCACUUUUAUGUGACCGAUUAUUAAUAAAUUGUUCAUUUGAAGGGAAACUUGUUUCUUCGAUGGAGGUGAAUUGAAGAAACGAGCUGCUAUACCUUAUUGUGUUUCGAAGGAAUUGUCACUUGAAAGUUUGUUUCUGCACACAAAAAGGGAGACGAUUUGCAGUUUGUUUAGCACCAGCGAAGAGAGACCUCUGUUCUCGUGUGAGGAUUGCUGUUUGCUUACAGGCCUGUUUUGAGCUCCUAAGUUGCCUGUCAUAAAUUAUUCCCCCAUGAUCCUGUGUUACCCUCAACUGUUCCUGUUGGCAUGUGAACACCUGAUCAGGAUUGAGGAGCCCCUGCUGGCCCUUGUUUACAGCCAGAGUCCAGUUGGCAGUGUGAAAUGGUGGCAGAUGACGACAACGGUGCAGUUCCGGAGGCGAGGGUCGGAGCAAGCAGCAGCACGUGCAAGUAUCCUGUUGUGUUCCCUGCUCAUGUACUCUAAAGGUUUCAUGUGCAUUGUUCCUGGUUCUGAGUAGGAACUGAGGAAAUCCUAUCACCGGCCAUCACGCACACUCCGCUCGGGAGAUUGUGGGUGACACUGCUUUGAAGUUUCCAUAGCACCUACAGUUCAUGCUGUCUCACUGCAGAGGCUGAGCUGAACCACUGGGCUGAUUUGUUGUUAUUAUACUUUGCCUGAAUUAUAUUUGAUUUGACUUAAUAUUUGUCUCAGGGAAGAGGAUUGGCGCAAACCUCAGCUAGGAAUAUUGUCUGCCCCCAUCUGUGUGUUCUCCUCUGAUUGAACUCUCUCUGAGGAGAAGAGUGAAGACGCAUGCUUGCUGUGCUGAAGCUGUAUUUUGUUGUCAUCUAAGGGGUGCCACAGCAUGGAAAUGAAACAAGAACAGGCCAAAUUGUUUACCCUUUUUGACACAGCUGGAAGGAACCCACAGUGCGGACUCCACCCUUGCAGCAAAUUCUUCUAGGAGACCUUUUUAUUUUGCCAUUGCACCUCUAUAAGUUUAAGGCCAUUUUACACAGGAAAAAAGUUUACUACUGCCAUCCAUUUUAGUCAUAUUAGUGUGAAAUCAGAUGCUGUGUCCUGUGCUGAGAAGAACCCCUUACUUCACCAGAGAAACAUUGCCAUCUUGAGGACCACGGAGCAGCUACCUUCCUCUGACAGUCGGCCACCUGAUAGAUCACACUCCUGCACAGCAGAUGCCCAGGACAGAGCUGGUAUCACUGUACGACUGGUGAGUAAGGAGAACAAGCGCUGCCUGCCAGGUCUGUAUCGGUGGCUUAGGCAGCAGUGGUAAGUAUAUAGUGUCAGCUCCCACAGAUGCAAAAUGUCUGAUAUUGGUUUCAAUCCAAAAUCAUUACUGAGGUAAUUUUCACUGAUGGCGACUGGCAUAAAUCCCAAACCCAAGUGUAAGGUAAUAGGACCACUUAGUGCCCACAAUAACAUAUUGCAUAUGGUGCUGUUUAACCCACACAAUGAUUAAUGGACUCUUACAGUGAACACUUAGGUUUGAAAGGUUUUGAUAAUACACUCAUACAGAGGUUGUAGUUUAAGACAGGCUUUUGUGUGCACAUAUUAUAAAAUCACUUCUGUAAAAGAUUGAAGUGCCUCAAGAAAGUACAGUUAAAAUUUGGUAGGGUUUUUUUAAACAGCAGAUGGUUUAUAUAUAUUAUUCUGCUCUUUGGGUUGUUUUUGCAGCCUCAUUAGUGACGUAAAUGUAAUUCAUGCCACUCACUUUAAUGAAGAUUUAAUACAACAAUGAUGUAAAAAAAAAAAAAAAAAAAACUAGAAAUCAAAGUUAAUAUGAUGUCUGUCUAGAUUCAGUGAUUCAUUCGUAAAGGCUAAAUUGUUUCGCAAGAAAGCAAGAAGCGGCCUCAGACCAGUGUAUUCUCCUUUAAGACUCACUAUUAUUUAUAUGAGACUGGUAGUAAGCCACUCCUGGGCAUAGAUGAUGGUAUUGAUCACACUUAAAGAAAUUGUUAUUUGGUUUUUUCUUGUUAUAGUGUAAAGUAACCAGUUAGAGAAAUGUGAUUUACAUGAAAUUUAAUAACAAGAAAAUGGCUUCUGGUAUGAAAUUGUCUACUAUUAGAAAACUACAGGCCACAGUUAAUAACCUCCAGUUAAUGAAAUGGAGAAGAAUAAGGUGAGAUUGAAAGGAGGCUUAGUCCAGGGCCCUAUAUAUACACAUCACAUGUGGUGAUGGAAAGUAACUAAGUAUAUUUACUCAAGUACUGUUCUUAUGUACAUUUUUGAGGCAUCUGUACUUGAGUACUUUCAUUUUGUGCUACUUCAUACCAUACUUUGAUUUCACUACAUUUUACAUAACAUGUAAUAGAUUUAUUUGAUUACUUUAGUUACUGUACUUUUCAGAUUAAUUAAACAAAAUAUAGUAUAAUGAUAAUACUUUACCCAGUAAGUUACCCAGUGGUAUUUCACAUUUUAAGCAUAUAAACUUGUUAAAAGUAGCUCCCCUUUACCAGCUACAACAUAAAAUGUAAUGAACACGAUAAUGCAUUAGUAAUUAUAGUCCAAUAAUAUGAUACA